UCGUUAGUGUUCGCCAGUGUUCGCCUAACUGUUGCAUCGAAAGCAUCGUGACAUCAAGUUCUAUAUUUUCUUCUGUAAUUAUUCUAUAGAAACGUACAACUGACGCAUGCGAGAAGCAAAACCGACGCAGGACAUUCUGGAACACGUCCAGAGAACAGGUUGUUUGGGCAGAAAACUCAAAAAUGAAUUGGCAAUGGUUCCACAUCUUUUUUCUAUCCUGCAUAGUUACAAGCACAAUUGCAGAACCGUAUUAUAGCAUAAUCGCUCCAAAAGUGGUGAGACCCGAUUCAGAAUAUCAUGUAGCAGUAAGUACCACCGGUGUAUCGACAACAUCGACGAUAUAUAUCGAACUGAAUGGAUUGUUCGACAAUGGGGAGACAUUUAAUGUUUCCCAAGUUACACGCGUGCAGCCGUAUUCUACAAGAAUAUUACGACUGGAGAUCGGGGACAUUGUACCUGGCAGGUAUCAAUUAAUUGCGCGUGGCUUAUCAGGAAUAGACUUUUCAACCUCAAAACCAAUCGAAUACAUUCACAAGAGUUACUCUGUCUUCAUUCAAACUGACAGAGCAAUUUACAAACCCGGAAACAAGGUCAUGUUUAGAUGCGUUUUAUUGAACUCUAGACUCAGACCUACGCUCACGAGAUUAAUAGAUGUCAACGUCGCGGAUGGAAAAGGAAACAGAAUUAAACAGUGGCUUCGUCCACCUAUAACGCACGGAAUCUUUAAUGGAGAAAUCGAAUUGUCCGAAUCGCCAGUUUUAGGUACUUGGAAAAUCAUGGCUAACGUCGGUGAUCAAAUUUUCGAAAAAGAAUUUGAGGUCGCCGAGUAUGUUCUUCCGAAUUUUGAAGUAACUAUCGACGCUCCUCAACAUUUUACGUUUAAAGAUUCAAAGAUCACUGCAACGAUUCGCGCGAAGUACACUUACGGUAAGCCGGUAAAAGGUGAGGCAACGGUUACAGCUUAUCCGGACAUUUUCUCUGGUGUCAUCCAACCAAUUUUUCAACAACCCGUGCGUAAGGUGAUUCCUAUCGAUGGAAAAGUGACAGUUGAGUUUGAUAUUCAGUCUGAACUUAAAUUAACCGAUGAAUUCGAAAGACCAGUUAUGAUUGAUGUGGCAGUGGAAGAAUCUCUAACUGGUAGAAGACAAAAUACUUCUAUGCAUAUAACGUUGCAUAAGUAUAAAUACACAAUGGAUUUGAUAAAAACAUCAGAAUAUUACAAACCUAAUCUGAAAUAUACAACGUUUAUAAAAUUAACAUACCAUGAUGGAUCACCAGUUCGAGAUAAGAAAAAUCCUGUUACAAUAAUGUAUGGAUACACUUAUAACCAAUCCGCCUAUACCAAUAUUACUCGUAUGCUAGAUGACAAUGGAAUGAUACAAUUAGAUUUCUAUCCACCGAAAAGCCAGGAUAACAUUUCGGUUCCUUUAAAUAUCGAAGCACAAUAUCUGAAUCUUCACGAGUGGUUCCCCUCUACAAAUCAAGCUAUGUCUCUGAGCAACGAAUACAUACAAGUUAUAUCGAAAACGGAGAAACCCACGGUCAAUCGAGAGGUCGAGAUGGAGGUAAAUUCUACAGUUCCGUUAAAAUAUGUUAGUUACGAAAUAUUUGGCCGAGGGGAUAUAUUGGAUGCUGGCUCUAUAUACGUACAAGACAAAUAUACGACAACGUUCAAGUUUUUGGCAACGUACGUUAUGGCGCCAACCGCGCAUGUAAUAGUAUACUAUAUCGCAAACGAUGGAGAAAUUAUAGCAGAUGCAUUGGACGUAGAACUCGAAGGAGUACUUCAGAAUUUUGUUGACAUUAAAGUAGCGCCCGAAGAAGUUGGACCAGGCGAGAAUGUUAAUUUAUUAAUUACUUCGAAACCAAACUCGUACGUCGGAUUAUUAGGCGUGGACCAAAGGUCCAUUUUGCUGAAGUCUGGCAACGAUAUUUCAUAUGAACAAGUAUACAAAGAGUUAAAAUCGUACGAUAUGGUACAGGAAUCGCCAUAUGCGGAUUCAGUUUUCGAUCGAUAUCUGUGGAGCCCUGGAUCAGCCACAGCAAACGAAGUUUUUAGCGAAAGUGGUGCUAUCAUUAUGACAAAUGGAUACGUUCAUGAAAAUACCGCACUUCGACAACCAGGAAUACUGGAUGGUAGAAUAACAGGCUCGCCUCAUGGGGCAUCUACACUUCGGCCAGACCUUGGUCCACCUGUUAUGCACAAACUAGCAACAAGACCACCGCUGGCAGGUCCUUAUGCCUUCUCUCGCAUCCCAAUUCCUGUCUGGAAUAAGCCCCGUGUUUUCCUAAUGCAUGACAUUUUAAACACCUGGCUUUUUACAAACUUCUCUUCAGGGUAUGACGGAAGGAACGAAUUGAAAAGAAACGUACCCGAUUCGAUCACAUCAUGGGUGCUAACUGCAUUUUCUGUGAAUGACGUUCACGGGCUAGGUCUCAUAGAAGAACCACGAAAGUUAAAGGUUUUUAGGCCAUUUUUCAUUGCCAUGGAUCUCCCUUACUCUGUGAUUCGAGGAGAAAUUGUUGCGAUACAAAUUGUAGUGUUCAAUUAUCUGAAUAAGGGUGUGGACGCUGAAGUUUUGCUGACGCACGAGGGUCAGUUCGAUUUUGCCGAAAUUUCCAAUGAGGUUCACGAUGUACCAAAGUUGGAAUUGUACCGGAAGAAGAAAGUCGAAGUGAAAGCUAAUUCUGGCGCCAGCGUAUCUUUCAUGAUAGUUCCCAGAGAUUUGGGAUAUAUCACAGUUAAAGCAACUGCGAAUAGCGUUUUAGCUGGCGAUAGCGUUGAGCGCAAACUACUUGUUAAAGCUGAAGGAGAAACACAAUACCUAAACAAAGCUACUUUCUUGGAUCUAAGAAGUAAAGCUACUGUAUCGACUAAUUUUACGAUUAAUAUACCUAAAAAUGCCGUACCAGGAUCUGAGCAUGUUGAAAUUUCUGCAGUAGGCGACAUCUUGGGUCCAAGCAUUCUGAAUCUGGCGAAUUUAAUUAAGUUGCCAGCUGGUUGUGGAGAGCAAAAUAUGUUGAAUUUCGUUCCGAACAUAAUGAUAUUAAAUUAUCUCAAAAAUACCAAUCAAUUAACACAAGCAGUGCAAGGUAAAGCUAUAAGGUACAUGGAAAUAGGCUAUCAAAGGGAGUUGACUUACAGACACGACGAUGGAUCGUUUAGUGCAUUUGGCAUGUCAGAUAGCAGUGGAAGCACAUGGCUUACUGCCUUUGUAGCAAAAGCUUUCAAACAGGCUAAGGAAUACAUUCCAAUUGAAGAUAGAAUAAUAGAUGAAGCUCUUCAGUGGUUAUCGAAUAACCAAGCUUCAAAUGGAAGCUUUCCCGAAGUAGGAAAAGUCAGUCAUCGCGACAUGCAAGGUGGAGCUGCAAAAGGUCUUGCAUUGACAGCAUUUACUCUUAUUGCUUUUCUCGAGAAUGCUAACUCUGAUGGUAAAUACAGAAAUACAAUAAAUAAAGGAAUCGAUUACAUUAUCCGCAACAUGAAUGACCUGGAUGAUACAUAUGCUUUGAGUAUCUGUACGUAUGCCUUAAAUUUGGCAAAGCAUCCAUACGAGGAAGCCGCAUUUAACUUGUUAGAAUCUAAAGCCAUGACAAAAGAAGAUCUUAAAUGGUGGAGUAAACCCGUUUUGAAAGAUGACAAAAAUCCAUGGUAUUCUCUACCGCGACCCGUUGAUGUCGAAAUGACGUCCUACACGUUGUUAACUUAUAUCGUACGUAAUAAUCCUAUCAGUGAUUCUAUAGCUAUAAUGAAGUGGCUCGUGAAACAACGAAAUGCUGAAGGUGGUUUUGCGUCUACACAAGACACCGUAAUUGGAAUACAAGCCUUAGCGAAAUUGGGUGAGAAACUAGCAACGAAAAAUAAUUCUGUAUCAAUAACAUUCAAGUACGAAGGUGGUGGACAGAGUCACAUGAAUAUCAAUCCUGAUAAUUCUAUGAUACUUCAGAAACAAGUGCUGCCCAGAAAAGCACGGUUAGUUAAUAUAACAGCCACUGGAAAUGGAUUCGCGUUGGUUCAAAUUUCAUUCCAAUACAAUUUGAACGUAACUGGAGCGUGGCCACUCUUUACCUUGGACCCUCAAGUUGAUAAGAACUCUAAUGCCAAUCACUUGCAACUUUCUAUUUGCUCUAGAUUCGUCCAAACUAAAGAAGCAAAUGAAAGUAAUAUGGUUGUGAUGGAAGCUACUUUGCCAUCUGGUUUUACUGUGGACAGAGAUUCGCUACCGAGUCUUGAGGUAUCGCAAAACGUGAAACGUGUAGAAACCAAGAAUGGAGAUACAGUAGUGAUAUUAUACUUCGACAAGAUGGAUAGGCAAGAAUAUUGUCCUACAGUAUCUGCAUUCAGAACACACAAAGUGGCAAAACAGAAACCAGUACCAGUUUCCAUAUAUGACUAUUAUGAUUCGUCAAGAAGAGCAAGAGUAUUUUAUGAACCUCGGAAGGCUACGCUUUGUGAUAUAUGCGAAAAUGAGGACUGUGAAGAUUUAUGUGUUUCACAACCAAGUAACCAACAACAGUCUCCGCAGUCUAUUGCUUCAAACAUGCCUACUUGCCUUUAUCUACACUUUUUACUUACACUCUUCUGCAUUAAGUAUUUCGAGUACUUGUAAUUAUAGCUUUCUAGAAAUUAUGUAUAGCUUCAUUAAAAAGUACAACAAUAGUUUUGUAUAAACUUGCAACCAAAGUACAGCAUAUGCAAGAAUUAUUAUUUAACACUUAAGUAAAACUAAUUCGAAAUAUUUCAAAUCAAUGAUUGGCAUUUUUUAAUUUCGCAUUAAGUAACGUAUAAGUACACUCGAAAAUGUUGUGUAUUAAGAAAUCAAGUAUAAAUUAAUUUUUGUUGUAUAUUGAUAUUUUUAAUGUUUCAGUAAAUAUACCUUAUUGUUAUUUAUGAUA